AUGCCUCCAAACCCAAUCUAAAAAAUGGCAGAAUCUACGUUUCACUUCUUCACCUUCUCCAUUUUCAAAAUUCCCCAACGUCCCGUUUAAAUUAUCCCUCCUUAUAUCUUACCCACAAAAAUUUCACAAAUUUGUUCACAAUGAAAGCCUCUUUGAAGUUUCGCGAAGACCAGAAGCCCCUUUUGCGAGCCAAGGUUCCCCUCUCAAUCUUGGGCUUGCCGUUUCAAUCCGGUAUCAUCGCCGGUGAGUCCAAGGAGCUCACUCUCAAUCUGUCCACCUUCUUCGAAUCUGGACCGUCUGUAAGGAUCGCUUACCGUCCUAACGACACAUGGAACCCCUUCUCUAUGGUGGUUAAAACCGGAACAGGACCGUUCGGUUCGCCGAUAUCGAGUCCUAUUUUGAUGAGCGCCGAGUUCAAUUUACUCGGCCGGGGAAACCCUAGCUUCAUGCUUCACUUUAAGCCUCAGUUCGGUGACUUCUCCAUAAAGAAGUCUCAGUCUUCCCUGUUAAGGUCUAAGAGCGGCGCCGUUUUGGAGGAGAACGAUUCUUCAAUUGAGGUUGUGGAAUCUCCUAUGUUGAAGAAGCUCACGAUUUCGCCGUCGAAGUCCGCAGCAGAUUUCGCAGGAUUUUUGUCUGGUAUCGAGAUGGCGGCGAGGACUACUCUGCCGGUGAAGUCACGUGCCAUCCUGAACUUCCGAUGGGGGGUUAGGGUUCCUGCCGAUACAAGUGUCGAACCAACGGCUGGGAUCAAUUUUAAAAGGAUUCCGUUUCUGGUUAUGAACAAGAUAGGGAUCGAACACGUGGACGGUGGAGAUUCGAAAGGAAAAAACAAAGAUCACAAGAAACAACAAGUGAUAGCAGGACAGGAAUUGGGCCUGGUAGGCAAUUCUAACAUGGCCGAGCUGUGUUUUAACGUUAAACGACAGUUGGAGAUUUUGCAAGGUGAGAACGGUUUGUUGAAGAAAGCCCUCGACGAUCUUCGACAAGAAAUUGUAUACAAGAACCCGAGUCCGACCCGGGAUUUGAAUCCGGGUCGCCGUAGCAACGAGAAGAGAUUAGCUGUGAUGGAGGAAGAUGGGAAGGAGGAAUUGAAGAAGGCAUUGAAGGCGCAGGUUUGAUGUUUAAUGAAGUUAUUUUCCGUUACGAAGACGUAGAAGCAUAAUAAGGGAUUGUGUUGAUAUUAUGCGAUUGUCUACAGAAGUAAAGCUCGUAGUUAAUUUUUGCGUGUGGAUAAUAUAAUUGUUAAGUUCUCCAAGCAUCAGUGUAGGGUCUGGAUUCGAACUGAGUUAUUUAAUUUGAAUCCUUGAAAAAAUUGGAUUAGCACUUGUUUAAUUAUGAAGGUGGAUUUUUAGAAAUAUUGUUUUGAUUGAA